CGCAGCUCUGCGCUGCCGAGCUAGCGCUGGCGCUAGAGCUGCUCGCUGGCGGCGGAGAAAGCGGGUUUUCUCUCUCCCUCCGUCGGAAACGCAGUUCAGUGGAAGAAUGCCUGCAGAGUGUAGCGUCCCCGGGUGCGAUAAAUACGAAGAGGCGAGAGCCAAAGGCGUUAUUUUUCACCGUUUUCCCGAGAAAGACGUCGAGCUGUGUAAGAGGUGGCUGGCGGCCAUAGGCAGGGAUGUAAACACGCCGCAGAAGAACUACGUGUACCUGCGCGUGUGCAGCCAGCACUUCACACCCGACGACUACGAGCGGGACCUGAAAGCCGAGCUCAUGGGGUGUCGGCCCAAGCUGGUAGUGAAGAAAACGGCCAUCCCGUCUUUAUUGAUCAGGAAAAAGAAAGCAGCCGUGACGAGGGAGCCUGGGAUUCUGCACUCUGUGGGUAUCUCCCCCAAGGUGGAGGUCUCAGAAGACCCAGCGUAUGAUGAGCUGGAAGUCACCUUAUCAUCUGAUGAUUUACUAAGUGAUUCGGAAAGUCCAGAGGAAGAGGACACGAAGAAGAAGAAGCACAAGAGCAAAAAGAACCACAGCUCAGACGAGUGGGAGCCCCCUGCACACGAAGCCGCCAAGGAUUCCGACAACUCCGAAAUGUCCGUGGAUGAGGAAGAGUCCGACGACUCUGAUGGCCUGGAGAACGAUGGCAGUAUGCCGGUGGUGGGCUGUGAAGAUUGUGACACGGAAGCCAGGCUGCAGUGUUCGUUACUGCGGCACCAAAAACUUUUCGCUUGUUCCCAGUGUGUCUCUGCCGAAAACAUGGGCACUCGCUGCCUUGACAAGCUGCUCGUCCGCUUCACCGAUUACCAGAGCUUUCAGGUUCAUGCCGAGGAGGAACACGGACUCACCACCAAACGUGUGCUGUGUCAGGAGUGCGGCGUCUUCUACGUGAAACCCACCGAGGCGAACGGCAAGAAAGAGCAUGUGUGCGAGUACAAGACGAAGCACCUCGUCUGUCCGAACUGCGACAAAAGGUUCCGGACCGAGAAGGGCCUGAAAGCGCAUACACGGAAACUUCAUGGCGACACGAUGCACCCCUGCAAGUACUGCUUGAUGCCUUUCCGGAACCGGCCUGCCAAAUUGGAGCACGAGGAGACCCACCCAAAAGAGGACAAGCCGUACCUGUGCCCAGAUUGCCCCGAGAAAUUCCGCAACAUCGUGAAGCGGAAUCGUCACAUGAGAUCCCACCGAGGCCCUUGGAAGUACUUGUGCAAGACAUGCGGAAAGGGUUUCCCUCACCUGGACAGGUUGGAGAGGCACGAACUGAUCCACUCCGGCAUAAAGCCUUUCAGAUGCGAGGUGUGCGAGCGCUCCUUCACCCAGGAGGGCCAUCUCAAGUCCCACAUGCGUCUCCACACGGGAGAAAAGCCCUACAAGUGUAAGCUCUGCGAAAAGAGCUUCACCCACAACGUCAGCCUCAAAAGCCACGUCUUGCGCUACCACAGCUCUAUAACAGCUGCCCCUCCUCAUCCUCCUCCUCAUCCUCCUCCUCCUCCUCCUGCUCAAGGUGUGCAAGAAAACUCCAUCCCGAAAGCAAGGAAGAAGUCCCAGGGCAGGCCCAAGGGUCGCCCCAAACGAGUUUUGGCCAACGAAGAGCAGGAAAACGGUGGAAACCACCAGUUGUCUUAAUCAUGAUGUGAAGUUUCAAGAGGAAAUGAAACCAGAGGGUAAGGGUGAGCAAUGUGGUAGGAAUACAGCAUCACAGUACUUGAAGACAUUUUCACGAUACAUGACAUGCAUCACUUUAUUAUGGCUUUCCUGGGGUUUUAUAAGUUGGAACAGAUGUACUGCAGCUAACGGGACAGCUCAUGUUCUCUAUUUAAUAAAAUCCAAAGACCUCUUACCAAAUUUCUGCAUAAUUGAGUCGAUAUGAUGUAAACAAAGUCAUUCAGAGUGUUUUGAUGAGAAAUAGUUGAUGAAGAAAACUACUGCCUCAGACGUCUUCACAGUGGUGAUGAUGGGAACCAGGAGUCACAAUGACUGCAACACAAAUAUAGACAUUUUAUUUACUAUCCAGAACCACCAGUGAACCUACAUGAGCCUUCUGAGUUUAUAUGGAACAUUUAAGUUAAAUAAGGCAAAUUUACCUCAUUACAAGACUUAUUUAUGCCCUGUAUGUACCUCUACUCCAUGAAUUGAAAGCAUCUUAGGAUUAUUGUAAAACCAAACUCUCUGGCAUUAGGCAGCGUAUUCAUGGCCAUUUUGUGUGAACGCUUUCUAUGAGGGAGCUUUUAGAGGUGGAUGUCUGGUUCCCAUCACCACCACUGUGAAUGUCUAACUUGAAAUGCAGCAUUUCACCCGAAGCCACUCUGAACUACUUUAUUUACACCUUAGCCAUCACGCAGAAAUCUUGACCAAUCGGUGGAACUGAACUUGAAUGAAGUAGUUCUGUCUUCAAGUAUUGGUGAUAUCUAAAAUAUACAGACCUUUUAUCAUGAAAACGAUGUCAUAUCGUCAUAUUGACCACCCCUACCUGAGGGUUGCUUCACAGAGCGGCCUUUCACACUGAUCUGGAUGAUUAAGGCCAAAAGCGAAGAUGAUUAUCCAGUAGAAACGUCCCUUAUUAGUUCUUCUACCGGAGAGGGUUUGGUCAUCUGGCAGACUGAGAAGUCCUGCUUUAUACUGACCAUUACGGGCAAAGAUGAAGACGCCAGAGCCCAAAAUGAUUUGUUAGACAUUUCAUGAUACAGUGGAGAUCAUCAGUUUCAUCAGUCAGAGGACCAAUCAGCUCAGUUACUGAGUGCCACAGAGACUCCAGUUUGCAUGCGAAAUCCUGUUAAUGUUCUUAACCAUUUUUCAACUGUAAAUCAGUUGUGGCCUUAAAAAAGACUCUUGUAACAGUUACGUUUGCGUUCUGCGCUUGUAGUUCUCUUUUCUUGGAGUAAUUCUCAGUGCUUUGUUUUUUUUCCUGUAUUUUUUGCGCCGUUCCCUUUCAUGAUUGUAAAAUUGCAUAUGUGAUUGACGCAUUGUCACUGCUGGAACAAAACCUCCAUCCCCCUCCCAAAUAAUCUGAAAACUCCAGCUGCUGUUUAUACUGUAUCAAAGUUUCAUGACGAAUGGACCAACGAAGAUGGUCCAAAGUGGCUGAAAUUGUUCCGUUCAUUCACGUUGAAAGUUAAGGAUGUUUUUUUUUCUUCUUCUGUAAAGUAACUGAAACGGAGAAAGGGGUUUUGUUCCGACAGUGACUGACAUUAGGGAUGCACCGAUCAUGAAUUUUUAUGGAAGAUUGUGAAUUCUCUACAGCCAUAUUGGCCAGAGGCUGAUUUUUAUUAGCCUUUAUUAAUGUUUUUUAACUUGAAGCUUGCACCGUGUGAAGGACCAUUGAAAAGCUUACCUUGUUGGCCAAAGUUGCGAUUACAUUACAAAAACACUGAGUGCGUUUAGAGGAACCUAAUAAUCUGAUACUGUCAGUGCAUUUACUUGAGUAAUCAGAUAACAGGGAAACUCCAGGUCUACAUGAGUCAGACAGUAAUCAGAUUUCUGUUUAGAAACCAGCCAAUAAACUCGCAGAUGAUGUGAUGGAAAUGUAAUGUAAAACUCAAACUUCAUUUCAUCCAGAAGUGUUCCGCUGCAUUUUGUGGCGACGCUGUUUGCUUAUUUCAGGUACUGUUUAACACAUGUGCCGACUCAGCAAUCUGAAAGAAAUCAGAGAUCACAUGCAAUGAGAAAUCUGAUUACUGAGCUAAAAUCCAGCCUCUUUAUCAGAUUUCUAGACCUUGUGGUCUGAUUGAGUGCGCCAUUUACAUGACCAUUUAAAUAAUCAGAAAUCUGAUUAUGAUCGGAUUAUUAAGUGCAAGUGAACGCACUCAUUGUUUGGUUUUUAAUAGGCCAAACUGACAUUUUAUGAGAAAAUUAAAGUUGCUGUUUUAACCAACAUGAAUGCUACAUCAGAAAUAACAAUGAAUUAUACCACAGUAUUUUGGUGGUUGUUAUAGCUGCAGUUGGUGCAGCACGAGUGCGUUUACCUGAUGUUAUUUACGCCAAAAACAGCAACAAACCUCGGCCAAAGUAACACGACUAGGCCAGUUGAAGCAAAAAGUCUGAUGAUUCAGAUUGUGCAUCUCUAAUACACAUUAUUAUACCUUUCCUGCUUUGUUUAUGCAAUCAUUAUAUGAGCUUAUAUAUCCUAGAGAUGUUGUAAUCUUUGCUCAUAGCUGCUCUAUUAACAGUGUCUGUUCUGUUAGGUUUAAAUGGGGAAUGAUCUUCAUUGGUGCUAUGAACUGUCCUGUUUGAUUUUUUUUAUUUGAUUUUUUUACUUCCAUUUAUGAUUUACAUGUAUUCACUUCCAUUAGAGGUGUUACACUAAGUCCUUUUAUUCUUCUUUUUCAGCACUUAAUGCAAUUGCUGUUGUUGCAGAAAAAUAAACCAGUUUCACAUCA